AUGGUAUCAAAACAUAUACGUUUAUUAAAAGAUCUUGCUCAUAUUGAUGAAUCAUUUCAAUCCGAUCAUCUCUUUUCUAUUAAGAAAAAACUUGAUGCAUCAACAUGUGAUGCUAUUCAUGAAACAGAUUUAACACAUCCAAUAUUUAUUUAUACACCACAACAAUCACCUUAUAUUGGUGGUGAAUUUGAAUUAGAAAUAAAUUUACCACUUGAUUAUCCAACAACAACACCUCGUGUUAAAUUUCGUACACCUAUUUAUAGUCCUAUUGUUGAUGAAUCAGGUAUAAUAUCAUGUUUACCUAUACUUCAACGUUGGCAAUCAUAUCCAAUAAAUUCAAUUAAUUUAUAUGAUAUACUUAUUGAAAUUGAUUAUUAUAUAACACAUUUAGAAGAUGUUGAUGAACCUCAUCGACCAAUAUUACUUACUGAAUGGAAAGAAGAUCCUUCAUUAUUUCAUAAAUUAGCUGAACAACAAACAAAAGAAUUAGCUAAAUCACAAAAACGAUAA